GAUUAGUGAUUUUAACUGACUUUUCUUCCGACUCUGCUUUCCUUUAAGCUCGGUGUCACCACUCACUCCCCCUUGUCUUCUCUGACCAAGAUUGCAUUUUUAAAGUCAAAGAUUCUCAAUUUCGUUCACAUCCCUUAACUACACAUAUGUUUGUGAUUGUGGGUGAUUGUUCUUCGGCGUAUUUUUAUGAAAAUUGUUGAGUUCAGGUGAAAAUGGCGAACCCCCAGAAGCCAUGGAAGGUUGAAUAUGCCAAAUCUUCUCGAUCCUCCUGCAAGACCUGCGAAAAUCCCAUUCAGAAGGAGAAUCUCCGCUUUGGCAAGAUGGUUCAGGCCACCCAAUUCGACGGCUUCAUGCCUAUGUGGAAUCAUGCUGCCUGCAUAUUGAAGAAAGAAAAGCAGAUCAAAUCGAUUGAUGAUGUUGAAGGGCUUGACUUAUUGAGAUGGGAAGAUCAGCAGAAGAUCAGACAAUACGUGGAAGACAGUGUAGCUGCAGUUGCUGUUACGCCUGUAGAGUGUGGUAUUGAAGUUUCACAAACUUCACGUGCUAAUUGCAAGCACUGCAAACAGAAGAUUAUGAAAGGAGAGGUCCGUUUGUCCUCUGCCGUAGAUAGUAAAGGGGCCAAGGGCCUGGCUAGGUACCAUGCAAACUGCUACAUUGAACAAUGUCCAUCUACCCAUGUCGAGAAGUUGGCCGGUUGGCAAAACCUCCCACCUUCUGACCCGGCUGCUGUUAGUGCCUUGGUGAAGAAGCCUCCAUCUGCUGAAAAAAAUGAGAAACAGACAACUUCAAAAGCUGGUAAACGCAAAAAAGGCACUGCCGAAGACCAGAAUUCUAAAGUUACUAGGGCUGUAGGAGAUGUUUCUGUAAGCAGGUCCAUGAAAAGUGCUAUUGUUUCAGCAGACCCUCAAAAUUCAUCUGAUUUAGUGAGUAAACUGGAGGCACAAAGUAAAGGACUAAGGAAACUAAAAGAUGAUCUGAUAAAGCAUGUGACAGCUGUAGAGUUGCGGGAAAUGCUUGAAUCUAAUGAUCAAGAUUCAACAGGAUCAGAGCUUGAUUUGCGUGAUCGCUGUGCUGAUGGUAUGAUGUUUGGAGCACUUGCAAAAUGCCCCAUCUGUUCUGGUUCACUACGUUACUCUGGAGGCAUGUAUCUAUGUCACAGAUAUCAGUCUGCAUGGAGCAAGUGUAGCUACUUUACUCGUGAACCAGAGCGCCUUAAAGGGAAGUGGAAAGUCCCAGAAGAGACUGGCAACCAAUAUCUUAGCAAGUGGUUUAAAUUCCAAGUAGGUGCAAAACCCAUUCGAUUAUUGCCACUGCCAUCUACUGGUAGUGCCAAUGGCAAUCAAGCUUCCAAUAGUCAAUCACAAUCAUCAAGGGCUGAAAGCUUCGCUGAGCUAAGAGUUUCCUUCUCUGGAUUAAAAGAUUCCAUGGGAGAUUGGAAGAGAAAAAUUGAGGGUGAAGGUGGAGCUGUUCAUGCCAAGAUAAAGAAAGAUACUAAUUGCUUGGUUGUGAGUGGAGACGUGGAUGAAAAUAAUACAGAAAUCAAGAAGGCAAGGAGGAGGAAGAUACCUAUAGUUUGGGAAGAGUAUCUGGUAGAUUGCUUUAGAAAACAGAAGAAGCUUCCAUAUGAUAGGUACAAAGUUGAAGCCACUGGUGAGUCCACCAGCCUGGUGACCGUAAAUGUGGAAGGGAGAAGUGCAGUGCACGAAUCUUCAGGCUUGCAGGAUACACCUUUAAACAUGUCAUACUUGUCAACUGGAAUUAAUAGAGUCUUGGCACAUUCGGGUCAGGAGCAGGAGACAUGCUUAUUACUUCAGGCAGAUGACACUCCAUUUAUUGGUUCCUCCACGGAGCGAGAUGCGACAAUGGCAUCAGGAUCUAGAUCAUGUUCGAGACAAGUCUCGAGAGGAGAAAAAAGGCGGACAAGAGGGCAUAGUCGAAACCUCGAGUUGGACCGACAUGUCAAUAUUCAUGGGAGGAUCAGGAUUGAGAUCGACGAGGAAGUUGGGAAACCAGUAUGUGCAAAUGCCACAAAGUUCAGUAAUGCCAUUGGUACCAUCGCUCGAAACACAAUUCCAUUGCGUUGUAAGGAUUGGAGUGAUGUAUCGAAAGAAGUUCGAGACCUCGUUGUAGAUCAGUUGUUGGUAACUUUACGCUUUAUUUAUGCCUUUGGGUACUAUUUAACUUGUAAAUGUUUGAUUGCACAAUUACUAUUGACUAUGCAGUCAUAUUUUGACUUUGACGUGGGAAAGAAGCAUGUAAAAAAGUACGUCCUACAAAGAGUUCAAAAUACUUUCAAGGAAUAUAGAUCGGAUUUGUACAAGCACUACCGUCGAUUUAAGGACCCAAAAGAAGCCCGUGCAUGUCCACCUAAAAGGAUAACAGACGCAACUGAUUGGAAUCUUCUAUGCAACAGAUGGGAGACUCCUGAAUGGAAGAAAAAAACGGAGACAAAUAAGAAAAGUCGAUCGAAAAUCCCUUACCUUCACCGGACUGGGUCGAAAUCAUUUGUCCAAGUGCAAAGUGAAAUGAAAAUAAAAGAGGGUCGUGAUGUUGACCAAGUGGAUUUGUUCCGCCAAAGUCAUUUUUGUGAAAAAGAUGGUUGGGUGAACAAUAAUGCCAAAGAUGCAUAUUUAGAAAUGCAAAGACUCAUGGAAGCAUCAUUUCAAGAAGACCCUACACCCAUGUCCAGUGUAGAGGUUUGUAAACAAGUUUUGGGUCAUCGAUCAGGCUACAUUAAAGGCCUUGGUUUGAACCCAAAACCUAGCUCAUCAUCCAGUGUCACGUCUUACCUACAGGACAAAAAAGAGUUGGAAAAGAAAAUGGAGAAGAUGGAAGAUGAGAUGAUACAGAUGAAGGCAAACUAUGAGCAUAUGAAGGAAACAAACGUGGCACUAACUAGUCAAUUAUCAAUGUGGGAAGGUAGAUGGGCUGAAAUCCAAAACAUGUUGGGGCGAGGGCAGGGAAAGGAUGGACAUUCAAACACUUAGGUCCAUAGUUAUGCUAUCUUCAAAGCUACUGUUGGAAAAAUGGACGAAUAGAAGCAUAAAAGCCUUUAAGAUUAAUUUAAUUUUUUCCCCUUUUGGUUGUACUUACACAACACUUUCAAGACUAUAGUGUAUUAAGUGUUGAAUAUAAUUUUGUACUAUUACGUUUCAAUAUAUCAACUUUUGUUAUAUUCAA